UGGGAGGCAGCGGAUGGAUUCGGAGCUGUUAGUCUCGGGGUGGACGGUUGUAAAGCCGGGCAGCAGAGGCUGCGCGUCGCGGAGGCUGCUGAUCACUAACAUCUGACUUCUCCUCUCCUGCAGUCCCAGCCAAGCGGGGCGCAAGGAUCAUGGGUGCCUGGACUUCCAGGACCCGGGUCCCCACGCCGGAGCCCGACCCCCAGGAGACCCUGGAUCUGAGCCGUCUGCCUCCGGAGUUGCUCCUGCUGGUCCUGAGCCACGUGCCCCCGCGCACGCUGCUGGGGAGCUGCCGCCGGGUGUGCCGCGCCUGGCGCGCCCUGGUGGAUGGCCAGGCCCUCUGGCUGCAGCUGCUGGCUCGAGACCGCAGCGCAGAGGGUCGCGCCCUGUUGACGCUAGCUCGCCGCUGCCUGCCUCCCGCCCGCGACAACACACCCUGCCCGCUGGGCCAAUUCUGCGCACUAAGACCGCUAGGACGCAACCUCAUCAGCAACCCCUGUGGCCAAGAAGGCCUGCGCAAGUGGAUGGUGCGGCAUGGUGGCGAUGGCUGGGUGGUGGAGAAAAACAGGAAACCUGUACCUGGGGCCCCCUCACAGACCUGCUUUGUGACUUCCUUCAGCUGGUGUCGAAAGAAGCAGGUCGUGGACCUGGAGGAGAAGGGUCUGUGGCCAGAGCUGCUGGACAGUGGUGGUGUGGAGAUUGAAGUCUCUGACUGGUGGGGAGCCCGACACGACAGUGGCUGUAAGUACCGUCUCUUUGUCACACUUCUUGAUGCUCACCAGAACGUCAUAGAAAAGUUCUCAGCUUUGCCAGACACCAUUGAACAAUGGAACAACGAUCUCUGCCUUCAGGUCACCCACGUGUUCUCCAACAUCAAGAGGGGCGUACGGUUUGUGUCUUUUGAACACUGGGGCCAGGACACACAGUUCUGGGCUGGCCACUAUGGGGCCAGAGUGACGAACUCCAGCGUGAUCGUACGAGUCUGUCCGUCCUAGUCAAAAGACCACCGUUUUGGCAAGACAAUCUGACUGUGCCUUCCCAGAGCUGUCGGCUGGAAUCCCUCGUGAGUCAAGCACUGUACAUGAAACUCUGGGGUCCAGUGAAGGGUCCUGCUGGAUCUUGUUUUCAGAGUCUGGAACACUACAGUCCUCCAUCAGAUCUACCUACGGCUGCUGUUCUAGAGCAUGAGUGCCUGGGUGCCCAAAUGCAUGGGUGCCCGGAUGCAUGGGUGCAUGCUGGUCUCAGGUCACAAGCUGCCUCUGUUUCAGUACAAUCACCCUCUUUGCCCUGUCCUCAAUAUUGAUCUCCUACCCUUUUUUGAGCAGGGUAUCCCAGCUGGCUACAACCCUCCUGCCUUUGACACUCAUAUGCUGGGACUACAGGCACACACCAAUACCACUCAGUUUUGUGCAGUGCUGCGGAUGAGCCCAGAGUUUUGUGCAAGCCAGGCAAACCUUCUACUACCUGAGCAAUGUCCCCAAGCGUCCCCUCUUCACAUCCUGUUUAUGCCUCAUGGACUUUCUCUGUCCCUUCACUGAAGCCCUCUACUUAUGGAGGAACAUAGGAUUUAUAGCUAACAAAACUCCAGCUCCCUCAGAUAAGGAACCAAACCGAUCUUGGCUACAACCAGGCCUCAUUGAAGGGUGUCUUAGGGUAUAUCUGCCCACAGAUUUUCUCCAAACAAUUAGGAAGUGCCUAGAGCCCGGGGCCCUGAGCAUCAAAGAUGUCUGUAGUUGUGUGAUAUUUAAAGUUAUUUUUCAUUUUCUCAAACAAUGAGAGACUAAUAUACUGGCAAUAUCUAUCUGCCAAUUGCACUGUAAUAAAUUAUUUUGCCUAAACUGG